GCUUCCAUUUCUGAACCGAGGAGACGCCGCCGAGCUCGCGUACAGCCCUCGCUUUUUUUUUUUUAAUAUACACGUUUAAGUAAAAAUACACCUCGGUUCGGUGUCGUAGAUUUGGGCCAUUGGCUAAAAAUAGCGAGUGAAACACCACACCUUGUGUGUUGUGGUACGCUGUUUGAGUUGUAGCUAGAGCUGAAGCUAGCAUUUUAUUUCCUGUUUUAACUUUACAGAGCGGCGUUUUCCGCCGUUUUCUUUUCGCCGCCCCGCUCACUCUACCCCCCUUGCGUGUGAGUGGGGGCCUGCAACGUCGGUUUAGCCACGAGGCGCGUCGGUAGUGUCGGUUAAGAACGAUGGCGGAGUUCGGCAACGGACUAGCGGAUGAAUCUCUACUAGAUUCAGAUCCCGGACAUCCCGAACUGGAAGACCCGGGUGUCGGUGACGAGGAACCAGGGUUAGAAGAGGGAGAGGCCGCAAUUGAAGACCCGGAACUGGAGGCAAUUAAAGCUCGGGUCCGAGAGAUGGAGGAAGAGGCAGAAAAGCUGAAGGAGCUACAGAACGAGGUGGAGAAACAGAUGAAUCUCAGCCCCCCACCAGUUGGUCCUGUCAUCAUGUCCAUCGAGGAGAAGAUGGAGGCAGAUGGCAGAUCGAUUUAUGUUGGCAAUGUGGAUUAUGGUGCCACAGCAGAGGAGCUUGAGGCUCACUUUCAUGGCUGUGGUUCAGUAAACAGAGUCACCAUUCUAUGUGACAAAUACACAGGGCAUCCCAAGGGGUUUGCUUAUAUCGAGUUUGCAGACAAAGAGUCAGUUAGGACAGCGAUGGCUCUGGAUGAAUCCCUUUUCAGAGGAAGACAGAUAAAGGUGGGAGCCAAGAGAACAAACAGACCAGGCAUCAGCACCACAGAUCGCGGUUUUCCACGGGGUCGGUUCCGAUCACGGGGAGGAAGCUUCCCCUCGCGUGCACGAUACUACAGUGGUUACACACCACCUAGAGGCAGAGGACGGGCCUUCAGGGGCCGAGGGCGAACAACAUCGUGGUAUUCCCCUUACUAAACACCCCCCCUCCCCAGUACUCCCUUACUAUCAGUUCCCCCCCCAUCUUUGUUCCAUUUUAAAACACAUGCACCCACACAUACACACAAUGAAAUUCCUCCCCUUCCUUCCCCACCAAAAAAAAGAAGAAACUACAGAGGAGAGGAUAAAAAAAGACAAAAAAUGAAAAGGAAAAAACCCUCUCCUGGACAGAGAGACUGGCUGGCCGCAGUGUGAGAUUGUGUGAGAGCGUGCGUGUGCAGGGCUUGAUGCGGUCACACCUGGUAAGGUAAACCUUGGUUGGCCAUUGGUGGGGGAUUACAGUGGCAGACAUCUGUUGGGUUUUUGUUUGUUCAUGAAGGAAAAGGUUGGGUCAAAAAAAAAAAAAGUGUUAAAAAGAAAGAUGGUAUCUCAGGCUGCAGAUGUGUCUCCUUUGGUCUGGCUGUGACCUCCUGCUUUCACACCAUCACCAGUACAGCCCACCCACUCACCUUCCACCACCAUCCAGAAAUAGGGGUAAAAAAAAAAAAGAAGGGGAGGGAGGGCAGGAAGAAGAAAGUUAUUGUUCGGUUUUUGUUUUUUGUUGCUGUUAGCACAUCAGUGUAAAACUUCCACUAGCUUUUAGUGUUUGUUGUUGUAAUUUUGUCGUUUGGAGUUUGUCAUUACCUCCUGACCCCCCAUCCACCCCUACUCCUACCCUCUCAAGCCCUCUUUGUGUCUGUUUUCUGCCUCUUACACCCUCUCCCCUCCCUGUAUUUAUAAAGUAUUUCCCCCCUU